GCGACUACCACCGCUGUUCUGUGCCAACUCAACCGUAUCCACAAACCACAUACCCACGGCCAGUGACACCAUGUCAGACACCAGCCUGGCGGAGUAUACAAUCCUUAGUCUCAGUCAUGAGGCACUUGCCGCCAAAACCCAGGAAAUCGUCUCUAGUUUUGAGUCUGCCUCUUCCGAACAUGAGCUCCAUCAGUUGGUAUCGGCGAUAGAUCAGCUCAACCACAACGCCAACCGAGAGCUCCACCACUACGUCCACCGGCUCCAGGCCCGCCAUCAGCUGGACGUGGCGGCGGUGGAAUUGAACCGGGCCAAACUUGCCGAUACCCUUAAAACCACCAACGACUUGAUCACCGUCUUCUCAGACUCCAACAAUAUCGGCAGUACGUUGACGUACAAACUCAAGGCAUUGGACAAGGAGAUCAGUCGCGUGACCCAGACACUGGAGUACGUGUCUAGCACCAAGCUCUUGAAGAAUAACAUCAACCAAGCGGUUUAUGCCAUGGAACACAAAAGCUACCAACUUGCUGCCAAUUGUAUACGGACGAUUAAAACCAAGGUCCCCGACCUGCUCAUCGACGGUGACUACGCCGCCAGCGUGAUCCCGUCCACGGACAUCCCCGAGUUUCCACGCGUGGUUAUCGACAACCUCGUCAAACAGUUAAUUGAGGUGUUCAAAGUCCAGUUCGAUGACGCGGCUGCCAAAAAAGACAUGCAGCAGUUGACCAAAUUCUUCGAGUUGUUCCCUCUCAUUGGCCAGGAAGAGGUGGGGUUGAACUGCUACUCCAAAUUCAUUAGCCAGGUCAUCACCGAUACCCUGAGAAGCUUGAUCCAAUCGAUUUCCUCGGGCUCUGGUGGUGAAGCAUCCAAAAAAAUCGGCCUCUACUCCCGCAGUAGCAUGCAGUUGUUUGAGAACAUCUCCAUGAUGUUGGCCCAACACGCCCCGUUGAUCAACCGGUAUUAUGCCUCCACUUAUUCCAACGCCCUUCCAUAUGUCAUCAAUAAGAUCCAGCCUGAGAUCGACUCCCAAAUCGGCUUGAUUACUGACACCUUCUACGACGAAAAGCGCCUAGGCAAGAUCAUUCAGGAUAUCAGGUUGUACGACUUCCCAAUUCUCCGGGCCCGUUUGGAGUCCGAACCACCAACUCGAGCCUCAUCCGAGUUCUCGAGACUGUCGUUCGAGGACAAUGAGCUUGUGACCAUUGUGGAGGCUGGCGACUUGUUCUCCGAGUUUGCAAACAUCUUUAACUACUGGUCUUUGUACUGUAAGUUCAUUUCCACCCGGUAUUUGAACGCCCUGGCUCUGCCAAAACUUGUGCCCAAACUUCUUGUGGACUCGAACUUCACCAGGAAAAUCCAGUCAAAGUAUCUUCCAGCCUUCGAAACUAUCUUCAACUUCUACUUCAGACGAUCGUUGGAGAAGGCCAUCACCAUUGAAGCAUUACCUGCUUUGGAGCCUUAUUUGCUUGCAAACGGUGCCCGUUAUCCUGAACAGCCUCCAUGCUCGUCUGUAAUUGAAGACUUGACGUUGGUGUUGAACACCUGCAUCAAGAGCAUCAUCGACUCCAGUCAGAUCACGGCCGUCAAGAGUUUUGUCACCGAGUCAUUCAAGGUCAUCAAGAAUGACUUGAUCAACGGCUACUUUAUAAAAGAGUUGAACGAACACCUGCCACGGUACAACUCUGCGCUUUCGCUCAUCAACCCCAAAACAAGCCUUUUGACGGUGUCAAGUCCGAGGACCUCCAGAGGUGGAACUCCUGCCCCCGAUCCAGCUGGUGGUAUGGGUUUUUUCAAAGGUGCUCAAAGUGCUCUUGGAACCGUUGUAGGUGGUGGAGCCAGUAAUUCUGCGUCUUCAGCAACUAUCUCCAACAACCCCAAACUCGUGAACUUUGUGCUCUAUCUCAAUACGGUCGCAGUGGGACAAGAAUAUUUCACCAAGAUCUUGGAUAACAUCACCAAAAACGAUGCCUACUAUAUACGAAACUGUUUCCCGUUUGGAGACGAUGCUUCGAUUGUGCAAAACAUUUUGCAGCUUGAGUUGUUUAAUCCAUUUGUAUCACUCACCAACAAGUUGAUCCAGGAGUCCUUAAUCAACUUCUAUAACCAGUCCAUCAAGGCCAAGAUGCUCACUAUUGUGGGUGAUUUCUUGGAUGAUACGGAUGACUCGAAUUACCUUAUCUACUCAACCAAUGUUCUAAACGACAAUGGGUUGAUUUUGCAAUUCACCUCCGAUUGGAGAAACUUGAUCCGCCCAUACGGGCAGGUGUUCCAUCACGAGCUCAUCUUCGGCAAGUUGCUCAAGUUGAUUAUACUCAACUUGGCGAAUAUCAUUGAGAAGAGAUUGGUGUAUGUACUCAAGCGGUUCAAGAUCAAUGAGUUUGGGUCGUUGAAGUUGGAGAAGGAUAUUUCGGGGUUCAUCAGUGAGGUUUGUGAAGAUAACUAUGAGUUGAGAGAGAAGUUUAUUCGGGUGACACAGUUGGUACUUUUGGUAGGUAUGGACGAAGAAGAGUAUGAGGAAUCGAUUCAGCAGAAUGAACAUGAGUCUGAUGAAGAUGGAGGAAUCAACUGGGUGUUCACGCCGUCAGAAAGGAGACAGUUCCGGAACUUCAGGAUCUAACGGCUCGGCUCAUAGAUUUAUGGGUCUAUGUCUAUGAUUAUUUACGUAUGUCUUGGUUGUACCAACUGUAAGUAAAAGUCGCAUUGAAUAUGAGUGUAUCAUUAGAGUCUAUUUAAAAUACAUUAAUAUACAGACGACAGCACCUUUCCCUUCAUUUACUUACCGUCUCGGAAGCAUCUCUGUCGGGCUUGAUCCUCAUCUUGUCGGUGAUAUUAUCAAACCUAGGGUGAGUAUAAUCGCACUCCGGUCCCUUGGGACAGAACCCCGUCAAAAACAUCGGACACAUAAUCUUCCUCACGUGCCGGUUCACACACUUGGGCCCUUCGGGACAGAAGCCUCGCAAGUAGUUUUGGCACUCGGGAAUCUUCAGCUGUGGAUCAACGUGUAAAUAAAGACACUCAUUGGUCUGAGUACAGUAGCCAUUUCUGGAAUAAAAUAAGCACUCGGGCAUUUUCCUCAAAUUGUACUCGUGGAGGAACUCACAGUGGUCGUUCUUCUUACACAAUCCUCUCAACCAAUGCUUACACACAAUCUUAUUGUUGUACAUAGGAGGUACAUGUUUGUUGGGACAGUUGCUGCCGUUUGGACAAGAGUUAGGACUCUGCGGAAUAAAGAAUUGACAUACGGGUCUGUCGGGGUUUGUGCCGAAGCCAAACUCCUUUCUCAAGAAUGGUUCGACUUUGAACCUGCGAUUCCGAUUAUCGGGGUGUAGUAUAGGAUUAGCUUGAAACAUGUCUUCACCAGUUGAUUAGAAAUGAGAAAAUUAACUUUGUCGCGCUGAUGCAACUUAAA